CCUGCCUCGGCGACAAUGCUGCACUUGCGAGUCCAGUUCCUGGAUGAUUCCCAGAAGAUUUUCAUGGUAGAUCAAAAGUCCUCCGGGAAAGCAUUGUUCAACCUGAGCUGCUGUCACCUCAACCUGGCAGAGAAAGAAUACUUUGGAUUGGAAUUCCGGAGCCAGUCAGGAAACAAUGUUUGGUUGGAACUUCUAAAGCCUAUAACAAAACAAGUUAAAAUGGAUCCUGGACACCUGAGAGACGAGCUGACAAGGUAUCUAUUUGCCCUUCAAAUCAAGAAGGAUCUGGCCCAAGGAAGGCUUCCCUGCAGUGAUAACUGUACAGCCCUGCUGGUAUCUCACAUUUUACAAUCGGAGCUGGGUGACUUUCAUGAAGAAACAGACAGGAAGCAUCUGGAACAAAACCACUACUUACCUAACCAGGGCGGCUUAGACAGCAAGAUCCUGCACUUUCAUCAAAGACACAUUGGUAAGAGCCCUGCAGAGUCGGACAUCCAGCUCCUGGACAUAGCAAGGAAGCUUGAGAUGUAUGGGAUCAGACCUCACCCUGCUAGUGAUGGUGAGGGGACUCAGAUUCACUUGGCUGUCGCCCACAUGGGAGUGCUGGUAUUACGGGGGAAUACAAAGAUCAAUACUUUCAACUGGGCUAAAAUCCGUAAGCUGAGUUUUAAGAGAAAGCAUUUUCUCAUCAAACUCCAUGCCAACAUUUCGGUGUUGUACAAGGACACGUUGGAGUUUACCAUGGCCAGCAGGGAUGCAUGCAAAGCCUUCUGGAAGACAUGUGUUGAGUACCACGCUUUUUUUAGACUCUCCGAAGAACCGAAAUCAAAGCCCAAGACCCUCUUCUGCAGUAAGGGCUCAAGUUUCCGCUAUAGUGGAAGAACCCAAAGGCAACUUUUGGAAUAUGGGAAAAAAGGCAGGCUGAAGAGCUUACCCUUUGAGAGGAAACAUUACCUGCCUCAGUACCACGAGCGCCAGUGUAGGUCAUCCCCAGACCUCCUCUCAGAUGUGGCCAAGCAGGUUGAAGAUUUGCAUCUCGUGUACGGCAGUGGGUGUUACCGCAAUGUGAAUGGAGUGCACGCAUCAGAGCCCACACUAGACAGCAGGAGGAGGAAUUCCACAGUGGAGGUGACAUUCGCAGCUGAGUUUGAACGCUCCAAACCGGAAGCUGACCCAACACUUUUGCACCAAUCCCAGAGCAGCUCAACUUUCCCUUUCAUUUACACUAAGCCCGACUUCAGCACCAACCCUGAGCCUGAUGACUUCUACAGGCAGAAGAGCCCUCUCAACUCCUUCCAGACGAGCUCCAAGUUUGCUCAAGGUAACACAAAUACAUCUUCUGGGAACACAAGAGGGCUUGUCCCUCCAAGGCAGCAGCUAACCUACACAGAUCUACCUUAUGUGCCCAGUGUUAGCCAGCAGGUUAACAUUGCGCCUCCACAAGUCUUUUUUUAUGUGGACCAGCCACCCCAGGUGCCCAGGCGCUCCCCAGCCAUGGCUGCUCUAGGGAAGGCAGCCAAAAGAAGCCCUCAUGAUGCCAGGAGGGAGACCUUUCAGCAUGACUUUCAGGAACUGGAAGAAGCCCUAGCCAGGACUAGCAGUGGGGACACCCCCAACAUGGGUGUGGAAGAUGACGAGAGAACUCUGGAAGAUGCCUUUGAGUACAGGCUUCAAGAGCAAACCCCCAAACGGUCCCACAGCCAUUCAGACAUGAAAACCAUGCGCUUUCCUUUUGGGUCAGAAUUCCAACCCCUUGGGCCUUGCCCUGCUCUGAGUCGCAAAGCCGAUUUCUUCACCUACAUGUUCGCCCAGCAAGAAUUGCCAGAGGUCUUGAGGAGUCAGAGUGCAGCUGAACAAUACUUAGGUAGUGAAUCCAGUGAUUCUGAACCAGAAAUGCUUCACCCAGACUACUCCGCUUUGUACGACAAAACACUGAGCUCACCCAUGGCCAGGAUCCGUUUGUCUUCCGGUAGUCUCCAGCUAGACGAAGCAGUUGAGGAGGUACCUUUCACUACACCUGCUGCUGAAUUAGGAAGGACUGCACUGAAGCCACGCAAUUAUUUUUUAGCGUAAGUGCUAGACCCAGUUGUGCAAAUACUUUUCUGACAAAACAGUUUCAAUCCUCCUCCUCUCACACAAAGCAACCUUGGUUCCCAGUGGAUUUAUUACUCCUCCCUCUGCUGCAGUUGGGGGAGAUGGGCAAGGGGAUUUUGAAGUUAGUGGAGGGGUGUGUGUGUGUCCUGCAUCCCUAGCUCUCACUUGAAAUAGCUUUUUCAGUAGAAUACAUUGCUUUAAAUGGAGGUUAAGUUUAUAGUGUUGGUAGCACCAUUGUUCUACAUUAGGGUUAAUAACUGACACCAGUCAACAAUUAGGUGGCAUCCUCAACUGUGGUGGUUUGUGUAUCAGGAUGAGUCUCUCCAAAACUCCUACCCCACCUCCAUUCUUCUCUUCCUCAACAGUCUUAAAAAGAGAUUUCUACCAGAGACUGUUCCUCCAGUGAUGUAUCUCAGUACACCUUUCUUGGUUCCCAUUACAGUAAGCACACUGUGUUUCUCCCACCUUAAGAUGCCUUGAUCUUUCUCACCUUGUAACCCGUGUUGUCAUCUUUAUUUCUCCAUGCGAAGCUCAAUAUAAGAAGCAAGACUAUGUCAUCUGACAUUCAGAGUGGUUUCAGUUUGCCAACCAGAGCCUCUCAGGAGAGACAGGUAACCCUUCCCCACCACAAACAUGAACAGUACUAGUCACGGAAGUUUACAGAAUUAAAAUAUUUAUUUUUGUAAC